AUGGAUGAUGAUGAGGCAAAUCAGCUUGACGCCCAUUUCAUAGAACUGGAGGCCCAUCUCGCAUCGCAGCUUUCCUACGGUGAGUUGGACCUGAGCCUUGCGGAGCUGCGCGAGGUGCGCUCCCGCUGCCACACCGUUGGCUUGGGAGCCGGGGCUCUCGGAGCCUUGGACGAUGCCAUAGCAGGCGAGGCGGAGGAGCUCUCCUUCAGCAUCGACAUCACGAGCGACGGUGACCAGAUGGAGAUCAUCUCUUGUGCAGGUGACUACCUGGCAUUGUUUCGGCACUACGCGCUGGCCGAGACCCAAUACCGCGUUUCGAAAGAUGACUUUGGCUUGGCGCGCUGCCUGGCAGAGCGCCUGGCGAGGGGGCGUCGCGAUGGGAAGGAUCAGGAGGAGCUUGAGGAGCUGGAGGUUGAAGCCCUAAAUGCAGCGCUACGAGCAGUGCAUCACGUGAAGGAGUCAGACUGUGGCCGGAGCAGCUGGGAGCGAAGGGCCUGUCAGGCGCUGCACCUUUUGGACGACCUCAGCUCUUCCGCGGCUCCGGGCCGACUGGAAGGCUGCUUGGGAGAUGAAACGUCGCUGGAGUUCAUCGAGAUGCUGGGCCAGUUCCUUCGCUGCUCUGCGGCUGGUGCCGUGGAAAGUUUAUCGAGGCGGCUGCUGAUGCCAGCACCCUUCCUGCCUCAACGGCUGCCUUCCUUGCAUGGCGUCCACCUUCCGCCAGGUAUCCGGACCCUGCUGAUCGAUUCACGGGCGUUUUGCCAGCCGGGUAUGGAAAGCGCGGUGCGUCGCUGGCGCCUUGAAUUGCGAAAAGCGCUCAGCGAGGCCUCUCUUCGCCCACCCUCGAACGAGCUGUUGGCCAGCGCAGCUGCUGUUGCUUGCCAUUGCCAUUUCACGGGCUACUGCAUUCCCCUGCAUGAGACCGACGAGGAGCCACAAGGCAGCACGCCUGAUGGCGCCUUUACUGACUGGCUGGUCUCCGCAAUGUACGAGGUGCCUCGUCACGAUGCAUCCGCCCAGCUUGAGGCCAUGGACGGCAUCCCUGAGCUGGCCGAGCUCAUUUGCAGGACCCGCAAGCAGCCGAAGGAGGAGGAAGCCUUGAUCAAGACCUUGGAGUACCUGUCCGAGAACGACUUGGUGGCCUCUCCUUGCCGAGACUUCUACGACUGUACUUUGUAUCCUCCGUGGCACUUUGCAGUGGAGAGCGUGGGCGUCAUCCCUGUGCCUCUGGACGUGCGCUUAAAGUACAUCUCUCCCCUGUGGACUCCAGAGCAGGUUUCCUGCUGUCGCAUCCUUGUCGCUGGAUGCGGCUCAGGCCAUCAGGUGGCGGUCGAACUUCGCAGCACGCAGCUGGAAGGCACAUCAGAGCUCGUCGCCCUUGACGUCUCCGCGAGAACCCUGGCCGCUGCCAAGCGGAAGCUGCGAUGUGUUCUCACAGAAACAGAGUUCGCCCGCGUGAGGUUUCUAGUCGGGGAUAUCCAGCACCUCACACGAGAUCAUGCUCUUCUUCGAGAUGGUUUCGACCUGGUGGUUUGCUGUGGCGUGCUGCAUCAUUUGCCGGAUCCAUCCUUGGGACUGCAGCGCUUGGCAUCACUGCUUCGGCCAGAUGGUGUCCUUCAGCUUGCAACCUAUUCCACCAUCAGCUUCGAGACUUGGCAACCGCAAGUUGAGGCCUGGCUGAAGAAGCUGCCCUUCGCAUCCCAGAUGUUUCAAGGAGGCUCUUCUAGAACACCUUCGCAUCGGGAGGUGCGAGGCUUGCGCCAGGAGGUUCUCGCGGCAUCGCAGGAUCCUGAAUCGAGGGAGAUCCGCGACUGGCUGGUUCACUUUCCGGAGUUCUUCACAUACGCAGGCUUUCUGGAUCUGCUUUUCCAUCCUUUGGAAAGGACCUUCACCCUCAAUGAGCUGUUGGAGGGACCUAUAGCAGCCUCAAGGUUGACUCCCCUGGGCAUCUUCUUCCUUGAUGUCAACGCAGAGCUAGUAGCUCGGCGCUGCUUCGCCAAGCGCUUCCCCGAGGAGCCUGAGAGGAAAAUGGUUGACCUCAGGCUGUGGCACACGGUGGAGGAGGAGGAGCAAGACAUCUUCGGCCGAAUGCAUGGUGUCUGGUUGGCAAACAGCUCUGGCGGGGAAGAGAGUGCGGCCAAGCGCGCGAGGAAAAUGGCCUCGUUGCUCUUCGCCAUGGAGGUGUCCGAAGGACAAGAAACGGAGGAAAUCGAGGAAACCGGCGAGCCCGGCCCUGCCCAAGCUGAUCUGGCAGACAAAGAGUUGGUUUCUGCCCUGUUCAAAACAGUGCACCAGCGUUUCCUGGCCGCCAGAGCCAGCAUUGCGGCAUCCUCCGUGAAACUGCAGACGUUGCAACGCGGACGCGUUGCCAAAGUCGAGAUGAUAAAGAUGCGGGAGGCAGCAAAGUGCUUUGAAACUGUGGCUCCUGUGCUCAAGAGCCUCGCGCUACGGAUUCGCCUCGCAAGCUUCGAGGAGCAGCAAGCCGUUCGGCGGCUGCAAGAAGCUUGUCGAGUGGUAGUUUGCAAGCGGCGUGUUCAUGGUCUCUGCAUCCGGCGCCUGCAAGCCCUGCUUGUGGGACUCGAGAAGAAGGUCGAGGCUCAGCAGUUACUUUCUCGAUUGCACAUGCGUCGUCGAAUGCGAGAGCAUCCCGAAAGUCUCUUGAGAGUAGCGCUAAAGGCUGUGCAGCUGCGACGGCAACUCUCAGAAAGAAGAGAACAUGAAGCAGUGUCUUGUAUCCAAGCACGUGCACGUGGUGGUUUCGAACGUGCACAGCAGAGGACCGAGAAGGAGCAGGUUGCCAUGCAGACAGUGAGGGAUGUUUGUCGGCGGUUUGCUGCACAGCAGAGCUUGCGUGCAGUUGGACAGAGGCAGUUGCUGCAACAUUCAUCUGAUCUCUUGAGAUCCGUGAUUCAAACUUACAAGAAACGAUCGCAGUUAGCUUUUCACUUGCUCUACAGUCGGGCCAGUGCGAGAAUAACUGCUAUGUGGCGUGGGGCUUUGGGACGACGGUCUGCGCGGAAAGUUCGGUUUGAGAAAUCGGCUCAGCGCGCCUGCAACACCCUAAAGAGCUUCCUGCGCUGCUAUUGGGCACGAGAGACGCUUCUCGGGCGACGGCUGGAGACAGACCAUGCAGACAACCAGAGGAUUUUCUGCAUUGCUCUGAGAACCCUGAAAAUGCGAAUGCGCUUUUGCCGUUCAGUGGACGAGGCCCGCAAAAAGGCUGCCAUGGAGGUGCUCUCCAGGUACGUAAAGGGAAUGUACAUCCGCAGUGGCCGUGUGUUUGAUUGGGAGAAGUAUGCAAAGAGGACGGGUCGCCGAAUUACCGACGACAUACGCGAGCGCAUGGCCUCUGAUAAGGCAGAGGUGGAAUGGGCAAUCCGUGUUCGAAAGCACGUGCUCCGUGUGAGGGUUGAGCUCGAGGAUGAACGGCUGCAAGUGGCCAACAUGGCUGCGCUGCAGUUGCAAAGGAGUUGGCGAGCUCGCCAAGUGAGGCUCCAGCAGUUUAUGUCCAGGUUGGCCUUACGGCUUGCUGCUGAGCGUCGGGCCCUUCUGGCACUGCAGCGAUCGGAGGUGCAGGCGAUGCACGGCAUGAGCUCAGAUUCGCUUCAAGCUGGUGCUCUCCAGCCUUUUCAUGUGCAAGUGAUGUGCGCUCGGCCGUAUCCUCCACGUGACUGGGUCGCGUCCCUGGCUGAAGCCCCAGAGCCUGUGGUGGACGUGGAUGCCGCCGACUCCUUCGCCAUCCUCGCCGGCCGCAGUGGGACAGCCUACUGUUUGCCAAGCCACGCAAAUGCCGAGCUGAUUGGCUCACCCGAGCCGCUGAAGCUGAAGGGGCCCUUUGUGCUGCAGCACCAUCGCCUCCUUGCAGCAAGCCCCAGUGUCGUGCAGGUCUCUUGUGGUGCGCACCACGCGCUUCUAAUGACAGGAGACGGGCUCUGCUUUGCAUGGGGCAAGAACGAUUGUGGGCAAUGCGGCAUUGGAUGGCCACGCCCCGAGCAGCUGGAGCAACGGGUGGUGGCCGAAGCGACGUGCUUGCAGCCAUGGGCAGCAACGCAUGGAGUUGCAACUUCGGAGAUGCGUUCUGCUGGUCUCCUGGAGCCACAGCGCGGUGAGAGCCUCACAGCUGCUUGUGCUUCUGGUGCCGUCUUGCCUCGCCUGCGGAGCGUCUCAGCUGGACCCCAGACGAACCUUGCUCUGGAUUGCGACGGACAAGCGUGGGCAUGGGGGUCCAGAACAGGUUUGGGCCUGAAUUCCUGGAUGCCCCUGGCACAACCUCGUGCUGCUCCAUCCAAGGGCACAGUUCGGCCGGGUGCGGAUGGGAGUCGACAUCCUACAGCCUGCCCCUUUCUGCUUUUCCAGGUCAUUAAGACCACUGAAACGGGAGCUGCGAGGAGUUCGAAGAGUCCUGUAGAGUUGCAGGAGUUGGACUUGAAGGAGUUGGCAGGCAACGUGCUUGUGCCGACCUUACUUUGCAACCUCACGCCGCUGGAAGCCGAAGGCUCUGCGCGCUUAGUGUCCUCGGCGCUGCCGGAAGCAGUCAUCCUUCACUCAAAAGGGGGCAAGCCCCAAGCUAUCUUGACUCCCGCAGCAGGAACAGGAGCAGGUGGUGGUCGAAGUGAGAACUUCUUCGUCAGCGCGGUGGACACUGAGCAUGCAAGUUUCGCGGUUACGGCCCGUGGCGUUGCAUACAGCUGGGCCUCCGUAGGAGGAGACAUCCUGGGACGCUCUGGUGCAAGCAAUGCUCCUGCUGCAAUCCCAACCUUCCUGCAACUCUCCAUCUGUGUGACAUGUAUCAGUGCGGCCAUAGACCACGCACUUGCCUUGACUGCACAUGGCCGUGUUUUCACCUGGGGGACUCUGGAGGCUUCUGUGGGGACUGAGCGGUUCCAGCGACGCUCCUUCACGCAGCCCAUGUGUGUAGAAGGAGCGGUGCGAGGCUUGAAAGUCAGCAAAGUUCUGGCAGGCCGCACGUCCAGCCUGGUCGCGUUUCAGGAUUGUGAGACAGUGCUCGGAUGGGACAUGGUGGAGGUUUCAAUGCUGAAGGGCAAGGGUCAUGUUGACCCAGCAGUGUACGAAUUCCCCUUAACCUACGAUGCUUUCGGGGGCACCGACCCGGGCUCCUCUGACUCUCCGAAGUUCUUCGAGAAAGUCCUUUCACCAGCUCGACGGCCUCCCUCAGCCAUCUGCUCUCCGACUUCCCCGAAAAGCCCAAGAAGCCCAAUGAGCCCCAUGAGCCCCGUGAGCCCAACGUCCCCGACAUCACCUCACAGAUCUGGCGCUGGCCGCAACAAAGUCAAUGCAAAGCUCAGCUUGUGCCAGUCUCAGACCUUGCAACUUUUGAUGCAGGAGCCUCCGAAGGCACAGGGGCCUUUCUCUCAUUCUGAACUCUUUGCUUGGGCAGGGAGGAGGUCGGCUACCGCACACGCUCGGAGGGAAGACGACGAGGAUGCUUUCAGGCAGCAAUCCAUGCGCGAGAUGAGAGCAGAGCGCUCUCGCAUCAAGCAGCUAAGCAACGUGUCCUUGCUGAGAGAAGUAGCAAGGCCAAGGACGUUCGUGGAGUUUGACCGCGAGAUUUCCAUGUACAGGAGACUCUCCGACCCGCCAGAGGAGCUCCGCAGAACUUUGCUUGAAAACCGCCUCGCCCUGGAGUCUGCUGCUGAAUGUCAAGCAGAACUUGAGCACCGAAUGAAUUCCCUCUGUCAAGCGUAG